AUGGCGGAUCCAGUAAGAAAUAUCAUCAUCAAACUCGGAAGCAAGACACAUUCUCCAGAAGUGGCUUUUAAGCAUAUCCAGACGCUAUUACAGUUUGCCAUGAAGAAGAAACUCAAGCUUGAUCCUCUGCUUCGUGAUGAGAUAUUGGUGACUGUUUUGACAAACUACCCAGAGUUUUAUGCUAAUUGGUCUGAAGAAGAUGCAACUGAACUGCUGAUGAUGGUUUCUGAAGCUAGUGAUGAGGUUUCUCCAAUAUCUAUUCCAGAACCCUCGGAUGGAAAUCGGGCCGGGGCAUUUCUUCGACAUUUUGCACAACGAGCCCUAGAAUCUGCUGAGGUCUCUCGACGGCAAGCAGAGUCGCAGCCCCUGUAUCUCGAAGCUACUGAAAAAGAGACAAGACACAGACUUGAGAUCCUUCGAAACAGGUCAAACAAUUCUGAUUCUCCUAUUGAAAUUUCACCGGAUAAUCUUGAUGAUUCUGCUACUCCGUCUUGUGUGCCUGUUAAUACUGAAAGCUUAUCUACUUUAAUCUCUGAGAAACCCCCUAUGAAUGUUGAUCCUUCAUCCCUGCCGUUAAGUGAGUCUGAUUGUGUGAAAAAUGAUGUCUUGCAUGUGUCUGAUGAAAAAGAAAAAUUAUCUGAUGAGCCCAAUAAUCUGAGUCUAAUUGUAUUCUCUUCUGAUAAUAUUGUUCUGCCAUCUACUGAGAUUGCUGUUGAUCCCAAAGAAAUUUGCCCUGCUGAUGCUCCUUCUAAUUUACCUACUAAUGUUGAGUCUGUUGACCUCUCAAGCCCCCAUAAGUUUGAGAAAACAGGUGGAAUCCCACUCUACACUGCCACAUCGUUAGGUGAAAGUCUGGAGCAUGUGCGACAUUUUGCUGGACUACCGUCUGCUUCGAUUCCUCAACCGUAUCGAGUGAUUCACCCAUCUGAAUCCUCCAGCGAAGAUGAUAAGAUUCUGGCUGAAGUUUAUGGUCAUUCUGUGACUCUUGUUCAAUCCCCAACCAAAGAAACAAGAAGGUCUAGGAGGAAGAAUGUUCCUGUAAAAGUUAUUGCUGAGAUAGGUGAUGACAAUGCUGACACAGAUCAGCCUGAGAAGAAAUGGAAGUCUAGUGAAACACAAAAGGGUUCUGUUGCUGCUCAACCACCUGUUGUCCCCGCAUCUUCCACCAGAAAAGUGAAACCUGCUACCCGUGUCAGAGGUCGGAGCAUUACACCUGAGGUUCAAGCUGCUGAAAGCUCUGACACAUCCAUUUACAGACCUCAAUUUGUUUCUCCUUCUGCUCAAGCCAAGUGGUCCACAAUGGUCCGAAGAGAACUGAUUGUUCAAAGAUCGGUUGAUGAAAACCAGAUGAAUUCUGUCUGCGAUGUUCUGCCCUUGCUGAGAGAAGUGGGUCUUCUGAAGACUGUCACUGCCAUCUGUCCUUAUUCCAAGCUGCUCACAUACGAAUUUUACUGUAAUCUCAAUGAGGAGAUGGACAAUUUGUCUGGAGAGCAUCCACUGCAAAUUUUCAUUCGAGGGAAAUGCUCUCAGCUCACCUCAAAAUAUGUGAUUCUUCAUCGUCUUGCUCUGCAUAACUGGCUCCCUUCAGCACAUUUCCACACUGUCGGCAAGCCACUGGCCAGUCUCUUAUUCAGAAUUGGAACCAAGAUGUCCUUUGACCUUGGGUCGUGGAUCUAUUCUCAUAUUCUCACUCUGAUUCACCCGAGAGAACAAAAGGGCCUUGAGCCUAUGACGAGUGAGGUGAUCAGUCCGACCCUUCUCUACAUGGUAGACCAGCGUCUGUUGAUUGGAGAACAUAUCUGUGAUGUUACACCGGUGACUGCACCCUCCAAUCCUGAGACUGAUACAGUGGGAGAUAACUCGCCGCAUGCACGAGAUCUUCAACUCUCUAUCCAAUUGAAGACAAGAGCUCGGAUUGCAAGGGUACGUGAGGCUAUUUGUGCGUGGACAGAGAAGAUUGAAUGUAACAAAAUUUAUUCCUCUACAAAGGAGAAUGGAGGAGAAAGUAUGACCAGCAAAGGAGAAGGCCAAUACUACCAUAUUAUUACACUUAAAGAAGGCUAA